GUUUGAUCAUGUAAUAACAGGAAGUAGAUAGCGUCAAAUUGAAGCCUAGCAAAAAUCAGCAGCAAUCAACAACAAUGGUGGAGUCUGCCGUCGAACAGAGCCGUUCGAGGGACCUCGACAGGCUCCUCCUCCGACCCGGCAACCUCGUCGCACCCACCUUCGAGCCCGGCCCGGAACUCAGAGACGACCUUAAGGACUACGCCAGGGUUUUGGUUGUCGGAGCUGGCGGCUUGGGCUGUGAACUGCUCAAGGACUUGGCCUUGUCUGGGUUUCGCGAACUCGAAGUCAUCGACAUGGAUCGCAUUGAGGUCACUAAUCUCAAUCGUCAGUUUCUCUUCAGGCUUGAGGAUGUGGGAAAGCCAAAGGCUGAGGUUGCUGCCAAACGUGUGAUGCAAAGAGUUGCUGGGGUUAACAUCAUUCCACACUUCGGCCGCAUCGAAGACAAAGAACUCGAAUUUUACAGCAAUUUUAGCAUCAUUGCUCUUGGUCUUGAUUCGAUUGAAGCCCGCAGCUACAUAAACUCUGUUGCUUGUAGCUUUCUCGAGUAUGAUGCUGAUGAUAAGCCAAAAGAAGAUUCUGUCAAACCUAUGGUAGACGGUGGGACGGAAGGUUUUCAAGGACAUGCCAGGGUCAUUAUGCCAGGGAUGACUCCGUGCUUCGAGUGUACAAUAUGGCUUUUUCCGCCUCAAGUGAAGUUCCCUCUAUGCACACUUGCGGAAACCCCUAGAACUGCUGCUCAUUGUAUUGAGUAUGCUCACUUAAUUAAAUGGAAUGAGGUACAUAGUGGAGAGGCUUUUGAUCCAGAUGUCCCUGAACAUAUGAAGUGGGUGUACGAUGAGGCUAGCAAGAGAGCUGAAUUGUUCGGCAUACCAGGAGUUACACUGUCUCUCACUCAGGGGGUUGUGAAGAAUAUCAUACCGGCUAUUGCUUCUACGAAUGCAAUUAUAUCAGCUGCCUGUGCGCUAGAAACAUUGAAGAUUAUAUCUGGAUGCAGUAAAACUCUAUCGAACUAUCUAACGUAUAAUGGUGCAGAAGGUCUUCACACGAAAGUGACCGAGUUUGUCAGGGACAAAGACUGUCUUGUAUGUGGCCCAGGUGUUCUUAUUGAGCUGGACACCUCUGUUACUUUGCAAAAGUUUUUUGAGCUACUCGAAGAACACCCUAAAUUGAUGUUGUCAAAAGCAAGCAUUACGCAUAGAGGGAAGAAUCUGUACAUGCAAGCACCACCUGUGCUAGAAGAGAUGACCAGAUCAAACUUAAGCAAAUCUAUCUAUGACCUAAUGGGUAAAAUCCCCAGGGAUGUUGUCCAUGUGACUGGUACUACCACCAAGAAUGACAAAAAGACUUCGGUUCUGAGAAAGUUGCGAGUUGCUUUUAAGGGAGUUGAUGGGAUUACAGAUAUGGAAACUGCAGCAGGUGGGGCAUGAGUUCAUACUAAAAUCAUACUACUCUAAUGGGUUAGGCAAGGUCGAUUUUACAAUUCGAACCUGUAAUUUUUUGUUUCUCAGAGUAAACAAGCCAUUGGGUCAUUUGAUGUCUUAUAAGUUUGAUGUCUUGGAGAGGCAAUGAGAUUUUUACUAUUCUCAGUUUCUCAUGGUAUAUUAUUUGGAUGAAGAUACUGGAUGAAAAAUGUAGGGCUGUUAUGAAUUUUAAUGAUUCCGAAAUAGGAGACCUAUGCUUCAUGG